GCAUUCUCUCUCCUUUUUUAGUUGUUGCGCGCACGUCUUCCUUCCUCCAGAAGAAGAAGAGAAGGGAAGGCUGGCUCUGGCAGUCUGGCUGCCUGCCCAGCCCAAGUGCUCCCAGCUAGUACUACCUGCGUCGCCACCAUCGCCACCUCUUCUCCGCCUUCCUCGUCCACCGCCGCCUCUGCUUCGGCCGCCUUCGCAGCGGGGAGGAGCCUCCGAUCGGGGCCUCCGUCUCCCCAAAGGCCACUUCUUCAUUGUGGAAAUUGUUGUUGGAGGAGCGAACAGCCAAGUUGUGGAUAUCUUCUUUCAGGAGCAGUCUAGAUAUUCUCCAAUUCAGAAGGAAGAACACUGAGCUGAGACAAGCACUAUCCCAUCUACCAGGAGGCCUCAAUGUCCAAAGAUUUGGAAAGAAGAAAUACAGUUGGUAGCACCACUCCUACGAGCUUAGCUUCACCUUCAGAUCCUUCAAGAAAGGACGAGAAGACGAUACCACGUUAUCUAAGAGCUUCCACUGGCUCAUGCCAUGAUUUAUGCAAGUUUGGUCACAAGAAUCCUUCUGAAGAAAAGCUGAAGCUUUCAGGAGGGAGAAGAAAGAAAGUUCCAGCUCAUCUAAAUAAUUUUGCGCUGCACGGAUCAGUUAUCUUGGAUACACCCAAGGAUGCGAGGAACAGAAAUAUUUCACUUGCUAAGUCAAGUAUAUCACUGGGUGAGGCUGAUCGUAUUGCUCACAAGAUAAAAUUAGUAAAUUUGAGAAGUGCUGCAUCCUCUGAACACUUGGUUGCACGUACCACGUCAGCUGAUCAUAAGAACGCGAACUCCGAUGGCAGAAAGAAGCAACUAAUGGUUGCACCGAGGACGUCAGCUAAUCCAAGGUAUCCUGAUGGAGGCCCUAGUUUUGAUAAAAAAGAACGAAUGCCAGUCAAGGGGUCGAAAUUGGCUGAGAAGGCACUGCAGGAGAAAGCUAGAACUGUGGCAAAAGCCUCAACUGUCAAGCAAUCAUCGGUUAAGAGGCCAGCUUCAUUUCCCACUAAACUCAACAUGAUUAAGCAAAUGCCUGUGUCAUCUCAAUCUUCUAGUAAUCUAAUCUCUUCAAAAGAUAAAAAUAUCCUGAAGGGAAAGCUUACAUCUCCACUAACCUCUACUGUCAAGGGUACAAGCAAUAGUGGCAAAACAGGAAGAAAUCCUAUGAGGUCAAGCAAUGCAAAUACCAAUGGUAAGGAAGGCUCGGAUAUGUCAAGAACACCACUCGCUAUUGAAUCUGAGUUUACUGCUUCUAUUAAAAUACAAGAAGAUGAUGCGCAAGAUUCAUGUAUUACAGGCCAUACUGUGGAGUCAACUGUAGCAGAGCUAUUUCCAGAUGCUACAGAACAUGUAGAGAAAUCUCAAACAGUACCAGAAGAAACAAGUGGAUCUGAUUCAGAGGGUGGCUUGGAUGUGUCCCUAACAUCAUCCUCCAUAGAAUCUGAGUUGACCGCUUCUGUUGAAACACAAGAAGAUGAUGUGUUAGGUUCAUGUAUUACAGGCUAUAGAGCGGAGUCAGCACUGGCAGAGAUGUCUUCAGAUGACACAGAAUAUGUAGAUAGUCCUGGACUGGCACUAAAAGAAAGAAGCAUAUCUGUUUUGGAGGUUGAUGAGUUGGAAAGUAAUGAAAAUACUGAGAAGAGUGAAGCAUCGGCUGCUGAACUCUUGGAGAAAAGUAUCAUUGCUCUUGGAUUGGAGCGAUCAUUUGAUGACCAGGAACUAGAGACAGCACUCAGUAAAUCCGAUCUAGGACAUAUGCAAGCACAGCAGAGUUCUGAUAGUCGAGCUUCAACAGAUGAGGACGUUCAAACAGAGCAUACAGAUAUCUAUCAACUAUCUGAACAAUUAACUGCUGUGCAAAAUGCAGAUGUAUAUGAUUCUGUAUUAACUGAAGGUAGCUCCACUACUAAAGCUGAUGGAUUAAAAGUCAAUGCUAGUGUGGAGUCUGUAACUGAAAGUAGGGAGGACGUGGCAGCUCAUGAAGACCUUCAAGGAUCUCCAGAACUACGGGCACUUAAUGAAAAACAUGCUGAGGAUCCUGAGUCUUGCCUUGAUUGCACUUUAGGAAAUAUAGCUGAAAAUGUCAAGGCUUCUGAAGUUUUUGAGGUUGGGAAUAUUUAUAGUGCAUAUCACUCCCAAUCAAUUUUAGAAACUUCAUCAGAUGGUGAACUUAUGGAGGAACGAAAGUCUUUGCUGAUUGAACCAAGUGACUCUAAUGUACAAGCUAAUGAGUUAGCAAGUUUCAAUAAUGAUGGAACCUUUGAACAGGAUGUUCUGAAACCAAGGAUUGUUUUUCAACAGUCACCGGGAGAACUAUCAGAUGAUGAGUUUUAUGAAGAAUAUGAUUUUGAGCCAAGUGAAUCAGAUCAGUCUGAUGCAGGAGAAGGAUCAACAAGGAACCGAAAUAUGGAUGAAUCUCCAAAGGCCAGUGGCCAAAUGCCAAGAAGAAUCUCAGCACUUGACCUAGAUGAUGCUAGUGCCACACCUUACAAAUUGAAGUUUAAAAGGGGAAAAAUUGUAGAACUCAAAGCAGACAGUAAUGGCCCGAGAAGACUUAAAUUUAGAAGAAAGGCUGCAAAUGAAGUUGUAAAUGGUGAAGGCCAGCCAGCGACAAGGGUUUAUAAGAGGAAUAUAACAAAUAGUUUUGUUCGCAUUGAACCCGAUUUGGAAUCUCCUGGAGUGAAACUGAGGCAUCAAGGUACACAAGACAAGAAGGAUGCACAGGGGCUGUUCAACAAUGUAAUAGAAGAAACUGCAAGCAAGCUUGUGGGGUCUAGGAAAAGCAAGGUAAAGGCUUUGGUUGGUGCAUUUGAAACGGUAAUACUUCUCCAGGACGGCAAUCCCACACCAUCUACACCACAGGCAGGUAACUCAGCAUAUUCAGUUCACGGUAACGAGGAAAAGGCACCAGAGGAAGCAGUGUAGAUUACACACAUCUUAUUGAAUUUACCAAGUUUGCUGUUAUGUUUUGGACUCUCUUUUCCUUUUAUCAUUCAAAACUGGAGUUAAUGAAGAAUAUUUUGUAUAGUUUGUACAUUUCAUCUCUUUUAGAAGUAAAAUUUGCUCAAAAUGUUUAUAGAGUAUUAAAAUACCUCAAGGAGCUUCAUAAAAAGAGUGAUUUCACCUAUAUUUCAAUGUAAAUCAAUUGAGACACCA